AUGCCGCGGCCGGGGAAGAGCUCGUACAGCGACCAGAAGCCUCCCUACUCGUACAUCUCGCUCACCGCCAUGGCCAUCCAGCACUCGGCCGAGAAGAUGCUGCCGCUGAGCGACAUCUACAAGUUCAUCAUGGAGCGCUUCCCCUACUACCGCGAGCACACUCAGCGCUGGCAGAACAGCCUGCGCCACAACCUCUCCUUCAACGACUGCUUCAUCAAGAUCCCGCGCCGGCCCGACCAGCCGGGCAAGGGCAGCUUCUGGGCGCUGCACCCCGACUGCGGCGACAUGUUCGAGAACGGCAGCUUCCUGCGGCGCCGCAAGCGCUUCAAGGUGCUGCGCGCCGAUCACACGCACCUGCACGCCGGCAGCGCCAAGGGCGCGGCGGGCGCGGGCCCCGGCGGACACCUGCACCCGCACCACGCGCCGCACCAGCACCCUCACCCGCACCACCACCACCACCACCACCACCACCACCACGCCGCCGCACACCACCACGCCCCGCCGCCGCCGCCUCCCGUGGUGCACUACUUCCACCAGCAGCCCCCCGCCGCCCCGCCGCCCACCGCGCACCUGCCGUCGCAGCCCCCGGCGCCCGCGCCGCAGCCGCCCCCAGCUCAGCCGCCGCCGCCCCCCGGCAAGAUGCCCGAGGCGGCGGCGGUGGCGGCGGCAGCGGCGGCGGCGGCCGCGGCCGCGGUGGGCAGCGUGGGGCGCCUGUCGCAGUUCCCGCCAUACGGGCUGGGCCCGGCCGCUGCCGCCGCCGCCGCUGCCGCGGCGUCCUCGUCCGGCUUCAAGCACCCGUUCGCCAUCGAGAACAUCAUCGGCCGGGACUACAAGGGCGUGCUGCAGGCGGGCGGGCUGCCCCUGGCGUCCGUCAUGCACCACCUGGGCUACCCGGUGCCCGGGCAGCUCGGCAACGUGGUGGGGUCCGUGUGGCCGCACGUGGGCGUCAUGGACUCGGUGGCGGCCGCGGCAGCGGCCGCGGCGGCCGCGGGGGUCCCGGUAGGACACGAGUACGGGGCCUUCGGGGUGCCCGUCAAGGCUCUGUGCCACUCGGCCAGCCAGAGCCUGCCGGCGGUGCCGGUGCCCAUCAAGCCCACACCCGCGCUGCCGCCCGUGGCCGCGCUGCCGCCGGCGCUCACGGUUCCCGCGGCCGCGCAGCAGCCUCCCGCGGCGCCGGCCUCCGUGUGCCCGGCGGCCACGGCCUCGCCCGCCGCGACCCUGCUGGAGCCGCCGGGCCGGGGCGCGGCCGAGAGCAAGGGCGGCUCGCUGUGUUCCGUGCUGGUGCGCUCCUAG